AUGAGUGCAGACCGUAGCCGCAACCGGCGAGAGCGGACCUUUGUCGGCAGUGAAUGCGCUGUGUGCGAGGAGCCCCUUGAACAUACGUUGCGUGGCGAGCGCAUCUUGCAGUUUUCAUGUUCACACGUCUCACACGAAGCAUGCUUCUACGAAUUUAUCAGGGAAUUUGAAUCGCAAUACUGCCCGUCAUGUAAUGCGCCGUUACAUCUGGAUACUAGCCGUGGAGGCAAUGUACUAGAUAUCGAAAAGAUUACCAAUAUGGUGCGGUCCGCAUCAACCAGCGAUUCAAGGUCGCAACCUACACCUACACCCGCCGCGGGCCAUUGGGAUGAGCCAGUCAGCCACAGAGGGCCGCCAGCCAGCAAUGGCCGCGAAAGCGCUGCGCGCGGAAGUCAGCGGGAUAGCCGUGAGGCGCCAUCUUCAUUCGCAGCAACAUCGCGGCACACGCGCAGCGACAGUGAGGCGACUGGAGUCACGUCAUCUGCUGGCUACCCCGAAACUACUCAGAGUGGACCAGCGCGGCGGCAUGAUUAUGACCUGCAGGCAAUGGAGACAACACCCACAAGCCCGCAAAGAAUAGCGCGGAAUCCUAUUCCGGCGCCCAGCGUGACAGUGCGCUCAGAAUUCCCGACCAUUAACAAGUCUCGCCAGCAGCAAACCCUGACAUGCCUUAUCACUGUCGAGGUUCCAGACAACAAAUGGAAACCGGACCCGGAAGAUUUAGGGUCUGUUGCGCCGGUUCAGCCAAUGCGCAUUGAAGAGACCUUCGCACAGCGACCACCGUCGCCAGCGAAAAGCAACAAGCCUCGCUUCUAUCCAUACGAGUCCCCCGAAGUCCUGCAAGAAAUGACGGACAACUUACGAGAUCGCGUCGACAACUGGCACGGGUUGGACUUCAACAGGUUUGGAAAGCUCCGACUUUACGGAACUCUUCGUGUUGGAAAAGACAAAGUGUCUUGGCAGGAACUUGAAUGCUUUUUAUUCGCCGAAAUGCUCAUCUGUGUCAAGGAGAAGAAGAACGCCGCAGCCGCUCAGCAGUGGGACGAGAACGGCAUGCCGCGCAAAGCUACGAGAUGCACGCUCAAAGGUUCCAUACUUAUCAAGAAGCACCUGAAUGAUGUUGCAGAGACUGGUACGAUUGACGAGAACGUCCUGACUCUCAGCCUGUCCGUCAACGAGCUGCCGUCAUUUCAUCUGAGAUUCGACAAUCGCAAUCAGCUCAAGCUUUGGCAACAGGCACUUCUUGACCUUAACGCAACAGAACAAUCACCCGUCAGAGGUCCCGACUAUGAGCGCGCAGAGACGUCUGAGACGGAUGAGGAUGACUGGGGACGAUCACAAGGCGGCCCCAGGCGGACAUCAGCUGCCUCCUCGGGCUGGGGUGGUCCAAAAUCAACAACCACGGCACCGACCGAGUAUACCAACUUCCCCAAGAGCCCCUUGUUUUCGUCGGUUCAUGUUCCCAUCGAUGUCGUGGUUGUUGUGCCAAUUUCAUCAUCGAUGCAGGGCGUCAAAAUCAACCUUGUUAGAGAUGCACUGAAAUUUAUGGUUGGCAAUCUUGGCGAAAGGGAUCGCAUGGGCUUGGUAACCUUCGGUUCUGGAGGCGGUGGUGUUCCAAUUGUCGGUAUGACCACUAAAGCGUGGCACGGUUGGAACAAUGUUCUCGCAUCGAUCAAGCCCGUGGGUCAGAAGAGCCAUCGUGCUGACGUGGUGGAGGGCGCCAAUGUUGCAAUGGAUCUUCUCAUGCAGCGCAAGCAUAACAACCCUAUCGCUACCAUUAUGCUCAUAAGCGAUGCAUCAACUUCUGAUGUUGACAGCGUUGACUUUGUCGUGUCGCGAGCAGAAGCCGCCAAGAUCACAAUACACUCAUUCGGCCUUGGAAUGACGCACAAGCCGGACACCAUGAUUGAGCUGUCUACGAGGACCAAGGCUUCGUACACUUAUGUCAAAGAUUGGAUGAUGUUGCGAGAGUGUCUGGCUGGCUGCUUGGGAUCAAUGCAGUCUUUGUCGCAUCAGAACGUGAAGCUCAAGCUUAAGCUUCCGGAAGGGUCUCCAGCCAAGUUCCACAAGGUUAGUGGUGCGUUGCAAGUCACUAAGCGGGCCACGGGCCGGGAUGCAGAAGCCUCGCUUGGUGAUCUCAGAUUCGGUGACAAGCGAGAUAUUUUGGUCCAACUGGUCAUCUUGCCCGAUACUUCAUCUCAGGAGCAGCUGCCGCAGGAUCCAUGGGAGACCAUUGUUUCUGGUCUUGAGGCGCUUGGUGGUCCCAUGGACUCAGAGGAUCAAAGAACACUCUCUGUGGAGGAAUUGCCUCUCAUUCAAGCAGACCUUGUCUGGGGUGAUAUUCUUCGCGAGGGCACAAUGAUGCAUCUGCCCAGACCAUCUCUGCUCGCAAUCACCAUGCUGCCGCCAACAGCCAGUUCGAAGAAGUCCUCAUGGCAGAACAACCCGCCCAUCCCUCCACACCAAAGUAUCGUGCAACGCCGUAUGGAAUUAUUGACAUCUGACAUGCUUACGCGGGCUUUGACCCUUGUGUCCCGUGGUCAGCAUGAUCGCGCCCAUACAUUACUGAAUGAAACACGAUCAAUCUUGAAAGGGCUUGGAAAGGGCGGUCUACCACCAGUUCCACCUCCACCAGGCAGCAAAUCACAUCCUUCUACACCACAUCCUGGUUUAGAGCCGGAUGCAUCCGCUACCCCUGAGCGUAGGCGUACACCUUCACCAACUGCGUCGGCCAAUGGAUCUGUCGCCCACGGCUUUCCGCGUCCUCAAUCUAAUGAAGCCCUGUCACUUGGGUCUUCUGGUGGCAUUGAUGGGAACACAGUUGCGGCACUCGAUGCCGAGCUUGAAGCCAGCUUAGAGUGGAUCAGCCACCCCGCCGUGUUUGGGCGUGACAGCCGCAAGCAAGUCCUUCAAGCAAUUGGCGUCAUCAGCAGCCAACGCGCAUACACCUUCCGAACUCCCAUCGAAAGCUUGUGGGCUGCACGAGUCGGUGGCGUAAAGAAGCUGACUGACAAGAGUCGCGAAUGGAGAGAGGAAGCUGCUGGUGAGGGUAUCAUUGAGGAGGCGUAA